AUGGAAGGUGAUCAACCAAGUGUCCCAACAAUUGUACCUCAAUCCUCAAAUAUCUUGCUUCCAAUUUCUGGUGCACCUUCAAUACCAACAUUAUAUGCUCAACCAAAGACAUUUGUACCAGUAGAUUGUAGAGUAAUGCCAGGUUACCCAUAUGCAAGUUUAGCAGGCGUACCAUGUGUAAUGCCACCUUUAUUACCAGAAUUUGUUAGUUCUUGCAAGAAUACAGAAACAAGAAGUUUGGAAUUACCAGAACCUCAUCGUUUUCAUAAUGGUCAACCUUUAAAUCCAUAUAUACCACCAACGGAUCAAACUAUAAUAGUUAAUGCUCCUUAUCAUAUGGCACAAUUUAAUCCUGUAAAUGGUUCUAAUAUGUAUUCUCCAUGUAAUCCAUUUGCAGCAUAUCCAUAUGGUAUACCAGCAAGAGAUCCAAUUCCAGGAUCCCAACCUAAUAAAACAGGGUUUUAUGCCUAUUAG